UUCUCCAAACCUCAGGUUCGGACUAGUAAAUCUUUCAACGGCUGCUAAGGUUUCAUUUAUUUGUACCGUUCCUUUCAAUAUUCACUUUCAAAACCAGAUACUGGAAACCUGAAAAUCUCCUUGCAUUGCAACAAGGCUCUCUCAAUCACAGGAACACAAAUUCCCAUUGUUUUUCGCAGCGAAUACAUAUGGCGGGCCACGCCGUCGAAUCGUUGAUGGAUAAGAUCACCGAGAAAAUCCGCGGUCACGAUUCUUCUUCCUCAUCAGAUUCCGAUGAUGACAAGCCGUCCAAGGUCGACGCCGUUAAAUCGAAGAUAUUUCGUCUCUUCGGAAGAGAGAAACCCGUUCACAAGGUCUUGGGCGGUGGAAAACCUGCUGAUGUUCUCCUGUGGAGGAACAAACAAGUUUCUGCAAGUGUGCUUGGUGGUGCAACUGUAGUCUGGGUUCUCUUUGAAUUGCUUGAAUAUCACUUAAUCACUCUAGUUUGUCAUAUAUCGAUACUCACCCUUGCUAUCCUUUUCUUGUGGUCAAAUGCUUCCACCUUUGUUAACAAGUCUCCACCUGAAAUCCCUCAAAUUGUACUUCCUGAAAAAUAUGUCCUUGAAAUUGCCUCCGCACUGAGAAUUGAAAUCAACCGAGCAUUGGCUGUGCUGCAUGAUAUUGCAGCUGGGAGAGACGUGAAAACGUUUCUUACAGUAAUUGCUAGCUUGUGGGUUCUGUCAAUUAUUGGGAGCUGGUUUAACUUCUUGACCUUAUUAUACAUAGUCUUUGUUUUGCUGCACACUGUGCCGUUGGCUUACGAGAAAUACGAGGACCAAAUUGAUCCAAUAGCGGAGAAGGCAUGGAUUGAGAUCAAGAAGCAGUAUGUAGUGUUUGAUGAAAAGGUUUUAAGUAAAAUUCCUGUGGGGCUAUUGAAGGAACUGAAGAAAGACUAGAGAGAAAUACCACUUAUAUUGGCCAUUGGGUAGGCUUAUUCACAGUUCUGUACUCGAAAAAUUCUGUUAAAGUUAUAUAUAUAAGAAAGUCUCCUACUCUGUGCUUCUGGGUUGUUCAGGGGCCCAUAGAUUAAUUAAAAUGAAUAUGAAAAUUUUCUUUUUA